CAAUCAUCAUCGUCAUCCUAUUUAACACAUCAAUUCUUUUGUUCCCAACCAUAAGGUUACUUUCUCUCUUUAACUCCAAAAAGUUAAGCGUUGUUCGGCCUUUCUUCUCUCUCUCUCUGUGAAACUUUCACUGAGGGAAUUUUGAGAAUGAAGAAACAUAAUAGUUUGUAGUUGUAAAGCUGUUGUUUUGUGGACAAGUUGCAAGAUAAGAAGAGGGGAGGAGUUGGCUUUGAGGUUGGACUUUCUGAGUUUUCUUUGUGGUUGUUUAAUGUUGCACUUGAAAGUGAAGAACUUUGGUAGUUCAGAAUUUUGGAUUUGGGUAUCGGUGUUGGUUUCUACUGUGAUAUUCCUUUAUAAAAUAUAUUGUCAUGGAUCGGUCGUUGAAGGAACUUUACAGUUCUGUUGAUAGAUUCAGAGUGAACGAUGAUACUGUGUUGGCCUUAUCUGGUAGGAAUUUUGAUGACAAGUUUCAGAAAGAAACUUAUGUUGAUAUUCCUCCUUUGCAACCUGCUCCAAUGCUGAGAAAUUUAGCUCCUUCCUCGAGCGUGAAUGAGGAGGGAGAUUCACAUGAGGAUUAUGAUUUCAGUGAUGUGGUUCUUAAGUACAUUAAUCAGAUGCUUAUGGAAGAAGAUAUGGAAGAUAAGACCUGCAUGUUUAAAGAGUCCUCAGCAGCACUUCAAGCUGCAGAGAAAUCAUUUUAUGAGGUUCUUGGACAAAGGUAUCCCCCUUCUCCCAAAUAUGAAUUGAAACCUUUUACUGAUCAAAACCAAGAAAGCUUUGAUGACAGUCGUGAUCAAAGUUGUUGGAGAUGUAGUAGUGCAAGCAUUAGUAGUAGUAGCAGUAACUUAGUCGAUCUUGGGUGCAACCAUGAUUUGGGUGAGCAGAGGUCUUCAUCCUUUGCUUCUCAGGCCAAUUCUCAGUCAUCCCAUAGCUCAGGGAACAGUACUGGUAGUGGCCUAGAUGGCUUUGUGGAUUCUCCAGUGAGUACUCUUAGGCUUCCUGAAAUAUUUAGUGAUAGUGAGUCUGCCAUGCAAUUUAGAAAAGGGUUUGAAGAAGCAAGUAGGUUCCUUCCAAAUGGCCGGAGCCUGUUUGUUGAUGUGGAGAGUGAUGGAUUGUUUCUCAAGGAGGUAAAGGAAGAGGCUAAAGGUGUGGUUGAUAAGGCAGAGAAGAAUGAGUUCUCACAGAAUGGAUCAAGGGGAAAGAAGAACCCUUAUCCUGAGGAUGUGAAUUUAGAGAGUGGGAGGAGUAACAAGCAGUCGGCAGUUUAUACUGAAUCCACUGUAAGCUCGGAAAUGUUUGAUAAGGUACUAUUAAAUUGUCAAAGUGUAACUGACCUUCGCAAAGCUUUGCAAGAUGAAACAAGCAAGAAUGUGCAGCAUAAUGGACAACUGAAAGGGACUACUGGUGGAAAGGCACGUGGGAAGAAACAGGCAAGUAAAAGGAAUGUGGUGGAUUUGAGAACUCUCCUGACCCUUUCUGCACAAGCUGUUGCAACUGAUGAUCGGAGGAGUGCAAAUGAGCUGCUGAAGCAAAUCAGGCAGCAUUCUUCACCUAUGGGUGAUGGAAUGCAGAGGAUGGCCCACUAUUUUGCUGAUGGCCUAGAGGCACGCUUAGCUGGCUCUGGGACCCAGAUUUACACUGCUCUUAUCACAAAGCCAACAUCAGCUGCCGAUGUUUUGAAAGCUUACCAUCUGUUUCUUGCUGCAUGUCCUUUUAGGAAGCUCUCAAAUUUCUUCUCAAAUAAGACAAUAAUGAAUCUAGCAGAAAAUGCACCUAGGCUUCACAUUAUUGAUUUUGGUAUUCUAUAUGGCUUCCAAUGGCCUUGCCUCAUACGGCGUCUCUCAUCUAGACCUGGGGGACCGCCUAAGCUAAGGAUUACAGGGAUUGAUCUUCCACAACCAGGUUUCCGCCCAGCAGAAAGGGUUGAGGAGACAGGGCUCCGUCUUGCAAACUAUGCAGAGACUUUCAAAGUCCCAUUUGAGUUCCAUGCAAUUGCACAGAAGUGGGAUACCAUUCAAAUUGAGGACCUCAGGAUUGACAGUGAUGAGGUGCUUGUUGUAAACUGCAUGUACAGGCUUAGAAACCUACUUGAUGAGACUGUGGUCGUGGAGAGUCCAAGGAAUAAAGUUCUGAACUUGGUCAGGAAGAUGAAUCCUGACGUUUUCAUACUGGGAAUUGUGAAUGGUGCCUGUAAUGCUCCAUUCUUCAUUACAAGAUUCAGGGAGGCUCUCUUCCACUAUUCCACUUUAUUUGAUAUGCUUGAGACUAAUGUGCCCCGUGAAAUUCCAGAGCGGAUGCUGAUUGAGAGGGAGAUAUUUGGGUGGGAGGCAAUGAAUGUCAUCGCAUGUGAGGGUGCUGAAAGAAUUGAGAGGCUUGAGACAUACAAGCAGUGGCAGGUCCGGAUUUCAAGGGCUAGGCUUAGGCAGUUGCCAUUGAACGAGGAAAUCAUGAAGACAGCAAAGGAGAGGGUGGAUACAUGCUACCACAAAGACUUUGUAAUUGAUGAGGAUAACCGGUGGUUGCUUCAGGGGUGGAAGGGACGAAUUGUUUAUGCACUCUCUUCUUGGGUGUCUGCCUCUUAAGUGCAUAUUUGUUACUACUCAUAGAAGGCAAGGUCUUGUAAAAUGCUUUGUGGUUGGAUUGCAGCCUUUGGUGCCUAUGAUUUCAUGAUGGAUUUCACAUAUACGAAGAUGAGGCUAUGUAAGUAAGAUCUUGCUAGGGCUUUUUCUCAUGCUGUUGAAGACUUCAAUCGGAGGACCAAUAAUUUAAGGAGGAGGGCGGUUGAAGAAUUCCUUUUGUUAUUAACCAAUGGACAGCAAGAAAGAGUCAUAUGCACUUAAAUUUAUUAGAUGGUCAAUGCUUACCAGGGAACUGCUGGUGAAAAUUUUUCAGUCAAAAUAGUUUUAAAAUUUAUACGCAAACAAUGCAUCAUGUUGUUACAAGUAAGGUUGUAAUCAGAUUUACGCCAAGAUUAGGCAGUCGUAGUACAUAAAUUCCGUGUUUUAGAAGUCAAAUGAUGUGGUUUAUGGUCAUAUAAUCAAAUUCUUCCUUGUUAAUUAACCUAUAUAGUACUAACCAAUCUGUUGUUAGGGAGAGAAUUGUUUUUAUGCUGUAAAUGCCAUCGUUUGAUCAUUUGAUGUCAUGCAUUAUGUACAAGGAAAGACUAAAAAUGCCAUGUCUAACAUUUUCCAUGGGGGAGUUUACCAAAUCCUCAUACUGAAGAAUACUGUACAUGCCAUUGGUACUAUACCUCAAAACCAGUAAACAUUCUCCUCAUACUUAGGGUUCGGCUCUCUUCCGGUACUUUUCAUUUUUUGGUAUAAAAGUUUUCGAUAUAUGAUUAGAUUUUAUACACGCGUAAGUAGUUUGCGUAAAAAGAAAAAAAGACGAUGUAUCGAAAAAUAAUAAUUAAAAGAAAACACUGUUAUUAUCCAAGUGAGGUGGUGAUUUGAGAGGGUAACAAGAAUAGCAUAAAAGCCAGUACCUCAACAAUUAGAAGCAAUCAACAAACAUCAGUCAUCAGUCAUGGUCAUGGGAAUUUGAUUUCGUUUUCCUUUCUCCCUUUGUUAAGGAAUCAUUUGGUGGACAUGCCUAACUGCCAUAUACAUGCGAACCAGGAUGAACAAUGUGGGAUUUGAUGUUUAACCUUUAGCACAGCUUUUAAUAGGCUUUAUUGUUGAUCAAAAUUUGAUUGAUUAAGAUGGAUUUAACAAUUGAUUUAGCUUCUUCAAAUUAAAAAAAAA